GUGUAGUUAUUUCUAUAGUAGAGUUGCUGUGAUGAAAUUUAGGGGUGUCUGAGCACCCCCAAAAAAGGUCUAAACUUGCCUGUUGGGGGUAGCCAUCGACCACAACCAGUUUGUAGCUGAGCAGAAAGAGAAGAGAGAAAAGGAGAGCAUAAGAACAAAACACAAGAACAAACAUCCAGUGGCAUAUACUUCUUCCCUGUCCUCGUUCCUGCUUCUUUGAACUGUUUUAUAAAACUGUGUCAGCUGCCAGAGGUUUUUACGAGUGUUCCUGUGAGGUCUGCUACACCAUCCCGUUUGAGCAUUGAAUUUAAAUAUUCUGUAAAUACACCCUAACACUACCAACAUGGGAGAGAACAGACUUUUCACCUGCACAGAUAAACAAUGGCAACAAACCACCGCAGCUCAGUCCGUGUGCAGUGACGUACAGCAGAGUACUGUGAUGUGUAAUAGAGUACAGUGUUGUACUGUAGCGUACAUAAAACUUUCAUGUUGCAUGCAGCUGCACACUCGUUCCAGCAGGGGGCAGACGUCCUUCCUCAUUCAUACGGACUUUUUCACAUCCUGUUGGAAAAACUUGUGACUGUGUACUUGUAGCUUGAUGUAGUUUACUUUGUAGUUCUUCGGAGUAGACAGUGUGAUUAAGAAGCAGUGCUCGCGGAAGCUGCUCGCGGAAGCAAGCGUUUUUGUUUUUGUGCUUUCAGUUUAGGGGGAGACGGUGUUUGAGACGCUACCGGAGACCAUGCAGGAACUCCGGGACAACCUGGCUGACUUGGCCGAGCAGGGCACGACCUACCUGGGCAGGCUGGUCGGAGAACAGACGCUGCUGUCGGUGCAGAAGGCUUUCUCUCAGGUCCUAGCUGUGGUUGCAGGCAGUGUGGCCGGUGCUCUCAAUGUCCUGCUGCCCUGCAUCUCACAGUUACUGCAGGCCUCUGGGAUCCAAGUUAGCCUCCCCACCAACAAAGUGACUCCAGAGGGCCUGAUCUUCGUCAUUCAGUGGGUCCUCGCAGCUCUCAUCUGCUACUGGCUGAUUUCUCUUGCCUUCCGAUUGGUUGCCUCCACUCUAAUGUCCGCCCUGUGGUUUCUGAAAGUCGGAGUCGCUUUAACCUGUUUUGUGCUCAUCCUGAGCGACUACAACGUGGGCACGGAGGUGAUGGCCAUCCGACUGGCUGUCCUGCUGUGUGUCUGCGUCCUGCUGGACGUUGGGACUUGGGGAGGUUUCAGUGCGGCUAAUCAAACUGCUCGCCUCGAGGAGCAGGUGAAGAUCCUGGAGAGACGGCUGAGGGAGAUGGAGAAGUGGACGAGGACAGAAGAGUGACGGAGAGAAUUUUCUGACAUCCAAGUCAAACGACAGUCGCCCGAGGAUCUGUUGUUCUUCAAAUUCACAGAAAGCAUGGCACAUUACAAACAGACUGCUGAGCGGGAGCAGAUGGAGCUCGUAGAUGAGCUGAAUGUAUGCAGCUCCCUCCCAGAUAGGCCCACAUAUUUGGAUGAAGUUUACUUUAAUGAGAAACACUUUCUCCUCUUCCACCAUUCAUCUCCCUAAACACAGUGCUGUCCCAGAGCCCAUCGCCUCAGCUCACUUCUGUUAGAUUUGCCCUGCGAGCAGCAGCUGGUGGAGGAGUUCCUGCGCUCGUUACACCAGCAGCUGCAUCCACUGCCUCUGGCUCCUCUGUGUGUGGUCCUGUCGGAUCACAGAGACGUCACAAAGAGCUUUACAGGUUUUCCUCUCACUGAAUAUAGUUGCACUUCAGCUGCAGCGACUCAGGAGGAGGUGCAGGACAAACUGGGACACAUCAAUCAGGUGAUAAACUCCUAAUCUCAGGCCUGUUUUCAGUCA